GCGGGCGCGCGGGGUCAGUCGGCGCGCGGCGGCGAGCGAGGGAGGCGGCGGCGGCGGAGCCGAGACGGGAGCGGGCACGGGCACGGGAGCCGGAGCGGAGCGCAGGAUGAUAAACACCCAGGACAGUAGUAUUUUACCUUUGAGUAACUGUCCCCAGCUGCAGUGCUGCAGGCACAUUGUUCCAGGGCCUCUGUGGUGCUCCGAUGCCCCUCACCCACUGUCGAAGAUCCCCGGUGGGCGAGGGGGUAGCAGGGAUCCUUCUCUUUCAGCUCUGAUAUACAAGGACGAGAAGAUCACUGUUAAGCAGGAUGUGCCAGGGCAGGACGGGAAGCCUCACCUUGUCCACUUCCACUACAAGGUCACCGAGGUGAAGACCUCCUCCUGGGAUGCAGUGCUCUCGAACCAGAGCCUCUUCGUGGAAAUCCCUGAUGGAUUGUUAGCUGAUGGAAGCAAGGAAGGGUUAUCAGCACUGCUGGAGUUUGCUGAGGAGAAAAUGAAAGUCAGCUUUGUCUUUAUUUGCUUCAGAAAGAGCAGAGAAGACAGAGCUCCACUCCUGAAGACAUUCAGCUUCCUGGGCUUUGAAAUCGUGCGGCCGGGCCACCCCUCUGUGCCCUCACGGCCAGAUGUGAUGUUCAUGGUGUACCCCCUGGAGCAGAACUCUUCCUCUGAUGAAGAAUAGCUGCAGCAGGGGACCCCCAGUGACCCAAAAGCGCUGCUAAGGGGAGAAGAGGGCUCCAGCUCCUUCCCCGAGGAGCUGCUGCUGGCCUGGCCCUGCCUUGCUCGUUGUGUGUCCUCGGAGCUGGCUCUCGCCCAGCAUCCUGCCUCUGGAGCUGCCUGUCCACACCUGUCAUCACCAACCAGUACCUGGAGGAUGUGGCUGGACUGGCCUAGGAGCUGCUGCAGUGCAGCCUCUGGGGCGUGUCAGCCUGGGGGGUGCCCGGAGCCCAAGGCUGGCGGGCACAGCAGCAGCUCCUGGCCUCCUCUGAAGCUGUGCUGGACCUUUUCCCCUGGCCCAGCACACUCCUCUGUCAGACCCCCUCCUGCUCUGGCACCCAAGAGCCUGGCAGGAGGCAUGGUCUGGGGGCUGGGCAGGCAGAGGAGACUCAACCUUUAACACUACCCUCGACCCGCAGGGCCUGGCCGUGUGCUGCCCGAAGCUCUCUGGUCUGACUGGGGUUGGUUUUGUGGUUUUUUUUUCCCUCUUUUGGAUUUGUUUUGGUCAUUUUUAAACUUUUUGCUCUUCCAGCUUCUGUUUUAAGCAGUCUUAACUCUGUUCAAUGUUACCACUGCACUAUCACAGCGUUCAAUAAAGGGGCAUUCGAGAUGAA